CAUCGAGGCUCGCACCUCACUUUCUCACGCUGUGUUUGGAAAUCAUGCUUUCAAAGUGCAAACACAUCCGAGAUGCUGUGAAGUCUCUCAUCCCCGUGUUCUGGAUCACUUUGUGCGUCUGUUCCGUGGCUGCUGACGGCCAGGAGGGCAAUGGCUGUGGACAUUCACUGCUGGGCACAGAGUCUGGCACAUUGGCCUCUCAGAACUACCCAGGCACCUACCCCAGUAACACCUGGUGUAGGUGGAGGCUUCGAGUGCCAGAGGGGCGAACGUUGCGGCUGCUGUUUGGGGAUUUUGACAUUGAGAGCAGUCCAGGCUGCAGAAAUGGCUCGCUCGUGAUCACAGACAAGAGCGGAGAACCCAGUCUGGGUCCAGUGUGUGGGAAGCUUGAUGCAUCACAGAAGAAUGUGUCACUAAAAAGCAAUGAAGUGACAGUAACGUUCCAGUCAGGCCCACACCGCUCUGGACGAGGGUUCCUACUGUCUUACGCCACAGACCAGUAUCCAGAUCUCAUAUCUUGUUUACAACGAGGAUCUCAUUCUAGCUCGCAGGUUUUGAGUGUCUACUGCCCUGCUGGAUGUAAGAAUGCCACAGGGGAUGUGUGGGGAAACUCUGAACAGGGUUACAGAGAUACCUCAGUCCUGUGCAAAUCUGCAGUCCAUGCUGGAGCUACAUCUGACAGUCUAGGAGGUCAAGUUACUGUGAACCGCGGGAGAAGUCUUACACUUUAUGAAUCCACCUUUGCCAAUGGAAUCCUUUCAAAAAUGGGAUCAUUAUCUGAAAAGAAGCUGCUCUUCCGCCAAGACUGCAACAACAUCCUGAGUGUUUCCGGUUUAAACGCCUCAUCUUUCUGGGAUAAAGAAAGCCAAGAGCACAAAAUGUUCUGGUCCUCCAGAAACAUGGAUUCUAGCCACCAGGCCUUGCUCUGGGCUGCAGACGGUAAUGACCUGAACCCGUGGGUGGAGCUUGGGCUGAGUGAUAGAAGCACCAUCACAGGAAUAAUAACAACGGGAUCAAACGACAACUUCAUAGAAUCCUUCAGUCUUUUUUUCAGCAAAGACAGAAAAACUUGGAAACUUUACAAAGGAGCUCUCAGCAAAGAAAAAAAGGUGUUUCACGCCUAUACCGACGGACACCUCAGGGUUCUCAACAGCCUUUUCCCUCCUGUGGUGGCUCGGUUUGUACGGCUACAGCCGCUGAGCUGUCAUGGCCGAGCUUCAGCUCAGGUGCAAAUCCUGGGCUGUCCUGUUGCCAAGGUCACACCAAGGUCACGCCCAGCUGCUGAAUAUCCAACCAUCAAAGUUAACAGGGGUACACCACGGCCCAGCCCCACCCCUACCCCGACAGAGGGCCCCGUGUUAGUCGAGACAAGACUGAGCUCCAGUCAGCCGGUUAUAGUGGCAGUGGGAGUGGUCCUGGGGCUGAUAAUGUGCGGCAGUUGUUUGUUGGCUGGAGUCUGGUGGAAAAGAAGGAAAAAAGAGUCAGAAAUGAAGUACUCCUUACCCACAAUAGGUUGCCAGAGUUUCCAGGCAAAGAGUCUCUCGUGCCCACAAUCGGAGCUCAUCUCUUACCCUCUGGAGCGAAAUGUUCACGAUGCUCUACCUAGCCCUCCUCUUAAUGACUAUGCAGAGCUUGCUGUUGCAGCCAUUGGACAGAAGGUUGGGUCAACAUUCAGACCCUCCUCAGAUGAGGGCUACACCACCCCCUUUGCCUUCAACCAUUAUGACACUCCUGGCAACCUGCCAGAGUACGCUGAGCCUCUUCCCCCAGAGCCGGAGUAUGCCACACCAUUCAGUGAGCAGCCCUCUGAGUCCAUCCUAACAACUUUGACGGGGAUCAUUCACAGAAAUACACAUGAACUUCCUAAACCAGCACAUAGCGCUGGACGAGGGACAACAUCCAGCCACACUCAGUAUGACUGCCCCUCACACAGGAUGCUAUCCAACGGCUACUGCACUCCUUCCCUACAUGCCAACGGCCCAAGGCCGAUCAGUGUGGUCUAUGCAGAGCCCAAGUCAUGUGACUCUUUACUACAGAAGCACACAUAUGAGGAGCCAUUGUGAACACAGCAAGCUCAGACAUGGAGGAAAAAAAAAAGACUCCUGAGCUGAAAUGUGUGUUGGGAGCAGAGGACCACUUGGGGUGAUCUCAAAUGGACAGAAGACAUUAAGCAGGACAGUGUUGUCCAGAGAGUACUAAUGCUGACAGGGCUGAUUUUCCAGUGAGUUAUGUACCCAAAGCUGAUAAGUCACUUGGAGCACGAUGCAUAUAUGAGGGUAAACAACUCAGUUGUGCACAAUGAUCUGAGAGCCAUAUGCACAAAUAUUUCCUUCCAGGAAGUAUGUAGUUAAACAGCGACAGUCUCCUGUGAUGCACAAAGACAAUGCAGGUUCAGUUGCCUCUCAGUGAUACCGUUUAUUAAAAUGUUUAAUCACAAACUGCACUUUCAGAAAAUACAUACAGCAUUGUAUGCAGUAUAUUUAACAGGUUAAUGGAAAAACGUGGAUUAAAUAUGUUACAUGUCCUCACAGAACAUUGUAUUCACAAUGUAUAAUUUCAACAUGUUUUGUCAAAACAAAAUAUAAAUGGUACACUGUAACAAAGUGGUUAAGAUUGUUGCUAUGCCUUUGUAUAACCACUAGGUGGCUCUCUUGAGCUUUAAACAGUAAUGUUUAAUUGUUGUCUGCUGGUUCUCACUCCUCAGAUAACCGCCAUCCAUUUAUAACAUUCAUAGUAACAAAUAAACAUUGUUUUAAAAUAAAUGAUUGUAUUGUAGUACAACACAGAAAGGCACAACAGGCAAGGUGGUGUCAUGAUUAUGAUUUGAGCAAGACACAAAACCUUAACAUUAAAAACAAUUCCAGUAUGUUGCCUUAUUAUUCAUCAAGCUUUUGCCACGGUACAGCAACAUACUUUACUUAACUCUGUAUUUCCUACUUUAACUUAAUUUUCUAUGCCAAUUAAGAUUUUUGUAUGGAAAAUACAGGUUUUAAACAGAUUAAAUUACUGAAAUGUAUUGAACUAAACUGAAAUGUAAUUGCGGUUGUUCACACUAAGAAGAAAAUUGAAAUUUUUACUUUUUCCCUAUUUCAAGGCAUUUUAUAUUAUAACUGGUAGUCCUCCAUUAUAUCUGAAAAUGUUACUAAAAGACCCUUAGAAAUGCUUUCACAAGCUUUGUGGUGUCACAAUUAGCAAUGACCUCGCUGACCUCUUCCCCAGCUGAAUAAGGCACAAUAAAGCAACUGUAUUAAGAAAAGUACUUGACCAGGUGUUAAAGGUUUUUUCUUUAAAGAUGUGAAGCCUGUAGCAGUGAUGCAUUUGCAAAACCAGGCAGCUGGCCACCUUACUAAUAGAAAAAUGGCAACCAAUCUUUUGUAUGAACUUCUAUCAAGCUAGAAAUAGUGCUAUAUCAAAGACGUUUCAAAUUGAAAAGAGAAAAACGUAAAGCUACUGUGAGGAACUUUUAACUGAUUAUGAAACACUCAGUUUAGUACUGAUGCCUUUAUGUGACCUAUAUAUAUACACACACAAGUAAACAAGAUAACCAGCGAGAAGACUGGCUAUUUCUUUAUAGUUAUUCUUAAUGCCAUCUGUGCCACUGGGUCGAAAUCGCCUUGCUGCUCAGCCGGUCCCUGCGGGGAGCCAGCCCAGACACCACGCUGCUGGAGGCCCAGGCCGCAUCGCUGGGCCUGUUGGAGGGAAGGGAGGCACUAGAACCAGGACUGAGCGGGGCGGACCCCAUUAAAAUGAGAGGUAACACUAACACUUUUAUCCACAGGAACCACCAACAUCAACAUGAAAUGAAAGUUCCUCAAAGUAGCUUUAAAUGUGCAAUAUAUGGGAUUCAGAGCAUUAAUAUAACAGCAAACAACUACAUGGUAAAACAAUGAAAUCCCUCUCCCUCGGUGUGUGUUGUAAUUCAAGCCUCUCCUUGUUUAUUGACAUAUCCGGGCCUGCUAAGCGUGCUUUUAGUGCAUGCGAGUUUUCCCCACUGGUUAGCUUACAGCGGUUACAGCUGAUAACACAGUAAUAGCGCCAACCCUCCGGUUAGCACCGUUAGCUGCUAACCGCCUGCUAUUGAGAGGCAAAAGAAAUGCUCCCAAUCCUGUAUAUUGCACCUUUACCUACAGAAUAUUUUUCACGCAUAAUUUCAACAUGGGUUUUUAAACACUAUUUACUCUGGUGUUUAGAUGUUGUUUUGAUGUUGUAAUGCACCAACAG